AUGCACUUGGAUCCCAAUCAUCAUCCUGUUAAUCCACAAGGAGUUCCAUAUCAGCAGCACCCACAAACCAUGAUGGCCGCCCCAACAGCCGCAGCGGGAGCCACUCACCAGUACGUCUACCCUGCCUAUCAUCAGGCAGCACAGCAGAUUCCACAACAUGCUGUUCCCAUGAUGGUCCAUGGGUAUCAGCAGCAUGCCCCGUCUCCACAAAUGAUGCAGCAGUCUCAGCAGCAGUUGCAACAAUCCCAGUCUCAUCCAGCACAUCAAUCCACAGCACAACCACAAUCAUCGUCCUCGGAACAGCACAGGAUAUCUCAGGAAUGGGAACAAAUCCGUAUUGCCAGGGAAAAGUUGGAGUUACUGCAAGAAAAGCUGCAAGUCGACCAAGAAAUCCUCAAGCAAGAGAAAAAGCAAAAGAGACGGCAGCGUCAGAUGGCUACCCAAGAGCUUCAUGAAGAAUGGCAGCGAGAGAUUAAGCUACUAUCGGCACGUACCCAACAAGUUAAAGAGGAAUACGAAACAAAAUUAGCAAAACAAGCCACCGAAUAUGACGCCAAACUCAAAGAAGCACAACAAGAUGCUCAAGGAGUAGAACGGGCAAAGCAAGCAUAUGCUAUUCAAGACUUGACAGUACAACAUCAAGAGGCCAUUACCAAACUGGAAACUCAAUUGGCUGAGGAAAAGAAGCAAGCACUUGAAAACGAAGCAAAAGCCAAGGAACAUUUGGAGCAGCAGCUCAAGGCACAAGAAGAGAAACUGCAAGCUCACGAACAACAGCAACAACAAAACUAUCAAUCGCGACAACAGCAAUGGCUCGACAAAUUGCAUGAGCAAGAACAGAAGCAACAAGAACGAUUGGAAGAGUUGAAACAAAACCUCAAGAAGGACUAUGAUGUCAAGUGUGUUGCCAUACAAGAAGAAUUUGAAGAAAUGUCAGUCGCGGAGCAAAAGAGUGUCGAAUCAGAGUACCACCAGAAACGCGCGGCAGAGCUCUCGAGCUGUCAGGCUGAACACAAGCUGCAAUUGGCCAAAAUGGAAGAACUAUUGAAAGAGCGAGAUGGUGCCAUUGAGAAAUUUGAAGCAAAGAACCAAGAGCAAGUGCACAAAGCCCAAUCCACGGCAGCCUCAGAAAGCGGUCAAGUCGAUCAGCUCAAGACUCAAUUGGCAGAAAAGGAAAAGGAGAUUGGUCAGCUCAAGAAACAACAAGAGGAGUUGCUGAAAUCAAGCUCCACUGUGCAACAGCAAGAGACCCAGAUCGCAGAACUACAAAAACAGCUGCAGUCGUCGCAGGUUGCUCAGGAGAAGGAAAAGAUGGAAACUACAGCGACGAUGCAAUCUCUAGAAGACCAGCUGUCGCAGAAGUCAAAAUCCAUUGCAUCACUUGACAGACGGCUCCAAGAAGCCAUCAGCCAACAAGAUACACAAGGCACAGACGACCAAAAAAGUCAUUUGGAACGAGUCAAUUCUCUGGAAACUUCCCUGGCGGAGCGUGAAGAAGCGAUCGUGAAACUUCAGACGCAAGUAUCGGCGUUGGAGCAAGCAAACAAAGUAGCCACAGACGAGGAAGUCGCUCGGCUUCAACGGCAUUUGGUAGAACGUGACAAUCUGGUUCAGAGCCUGGAAGCUCAAGUUGGUGGCUUGGAAAGCAAAUACGACGAAGAACGCGGGGCUCUCCAAGAGGAACUCUCUGCGCUGGCAGGCAAGGCCACAGAAAAAGAUGAUUGCAUUGAUCGCCUGAAAGAAGAUCUGUUGAAAAAGGAAAAGGAAUUGGCCCAGUCAUUGCAAGCAAAAGAUUCCUCAUACCAGGAACGAAUGAAGGAGAAGGACGCAGCUCUCAAAGCCCUAGAGGCACAAGUGCCCGACUUGCAACGGCAACUCGAGGAAGCUACAGCCAAGGCAUCAGAACAUGGCAAUGCUAAAGAACAGCUGGCGUCCCAAAAGUCGGUCGUUCAGCAGCUGGAAGAGCAAGUCGCGGUCCUUACCAAGGAGCGUGAUCUUCAUUUGAUAGCUGACAUGGAUGCAACCUUUUUGACUACACAACUUGCCGAAAAGGAAGAAACAAUCUCCCGCCUAGAAGCCCAGAUCCUUGAACUGGAGCAGACAAUGAAUACGGCGGCAGCUGACCCGGCCAAGGUAGCAGAACAGGAAGAGACAAUCAGUCGGUUGGAAGGCCAGCUUAUGGAAAUUGAACGAGAGCUGGAUCAACGCACAGAGUCCACGUGCCAAAAGUGCCCACCGCUACGAGAAGAGCUCGAAGCACUCCAAGCCAAGAUUCACAAUUUGGAGCAUGAACGAAAGCAAGCAUCUGCCAGUGCCGCUGAUCAGUUGAAAUUGCGUAAGGAAAUGGCUCAGCUGUUGAGGAAGGAGGAACAGUUCAAGUCCAAGAUUGAGUCACAGCAGAAGGAAUUGGAAGAAAUGAAGACGACAAAGGAAUCUCUAGCUUCUCAAGUUGGACAAGAAACCGCUGCCAACCGUCAAGGUCGCAAGCGUGCAGCGAUCAAGAAUCGUAGACAAGUCAUGGAGGCGAAUUGGAGAGGUUCUUCUACCGUUGACGCCGGAAUCUACACUGGCUUCAUCAACGACUUGGGCAACCCAGAUGCAGCUGGUACGUUGAAGUUUGAAGAUGGGUCGGUGUACGACGGAGAAUGGCGCGAUGGCAAUUUGCAUGGUGAAGGUGUCUUCGCGUGGGUUGACGGCGAUACCUACCAUGGCGAAUGGCUCGAGGGACGGCAACAUGGUUAUGGAGUUUUUGUAUGGGCAGAUGGUCGCUUGUACCAGGGUUACUACAAGCACGGACAGCGCGAUGGAGAAGGACUGAUGACAUGGCCUUAUGGUGCAAGAUACCGCGGUACCUACAAGCGCGAUAAACGAAACGGCAAUGGUGUCUACACGUAUCCCGACGGUCGUACAUACAGCGGCGAGUACAAGGAUGAACGUCCUCAUGGCAUCGGAACAGAGACGGCUCCUGACGGAUCCAUCAUUUUCACUGGGGAGUGGUCGAUGGGAGAAUUUCUGAAAGAUAAUACUGAAAAUAUCUAG